CUUUGGGAGGACGAUCCUAGUUUUUUUUAGCCCCAAUGACUGUCUGAACUGCUCCGAGAUCUGAAGUGACACCCCUUUGCUCCUCGCUCCUGCCUCCUUUUCUUUUCUUUUUCCUUUUCUUUUUUUUUUUUCCCCUUCCCUUCAUUAAUACUCCAGGCCUGAUGCCAAACAGGAUGAUCCAGGGCUGUCCGCUGCCUGGAGAGCAUAAAUACCACUGGGGAGCUCUGUGAGACCACAGUGAGACGAGCUGCUGAGCUGAGACCGUGCGCUCCUUGCACCUCCUAAGGCUUAUUUCAUCCUCUCCCCGUGCUCGUUUGAAUAUUUUAGAUAUAUAAUUUAUUUUCCACAAGCAGGCUUGGAGCAGCUGCAACUUCCUGAGGACUUGAAAGUGCUCAGUAAGGCCAGAACUGAGCGCUAGACGUCCUUGCAAGGCAACCGAAAAACACAUCCAUCGUCUUUAUCUCCAUUUUUGCCAGCUUCUGUUUCAGCCAUGAAUCCUGCCCUGCCUUGGAUCUUUCCUCUUGGAUGUCUCCUGCUUCUGACAAAUGCAGCUGAAUGUUUUAUUUUGCCCAAUUCAAGCCACCUGGAGAGCAUUUUGAGUAAAUAUCAGGAUGCGGAACCUCAUGCCAGAUCCAAGAGAGCCAUUUUAUUUUCAGACAGACAGGAGAUAUUGAUGCUCCACAAUAAAUUAAGAGGUCAAGUUUAUCCAUCGGCCUCUAACAUGGAAUAUAUGACUUGGGAUGAUGAGCUGGAAAGAUCGGCCCAUGCUUGGGCUCAGCAGUGCAUCUGGGACCACGGGCCUAGUGUCCUCAUCAGGUCAAUUGGACAGAACCUGGCGGUUCACUGGGGCAGGUAUCGCUCUCCAGCCUUCCAUGUCCAGUCUUGGUAUGACGAGGUUAAAGAUUACACAUACCCGUAUCCUCACGAGUGCAACCCCUGGUGCCCAGAGAAAUGCACCGGAUCUAUGUGCACACAUUACACUCAGAUAGUCUGGGCCACGACGAACAAGAUUGGCUGUGCCGUGAACGUCUGCAAGCAGAUGAACGUCUGGGGAGAAAUCUGGGAGAACGCGGUCUACCUGGUCUGCAACUACUCACCCAAAAGCUCGUGGGUUGGGGCUGCUGGAUGGAAAAAUCCCCGCCCCUGCCCGGUGUCCCCGCCGAGCUACGGAGGAGGCUGCCAGAACAACCUCUGCUACAAAGAUUAUCGUUAUGAAGAUACCAUAAUCCCUGAGACAGAUGAGACCAAUGAAGUGGAGACUUCACAGCUGGCAGAGCACAAACCCAUAUGGUUCCCCAACCUGGAGAGCAAGCCCGUCAAACCAGUCAAGACCAAGAAAACCACCUCCAACAGCUACAUGACACAAGUCAUUACCUGUGAAACCAAGAUGAGGGACAAAUGCAGAGGCUCAACAUGCAACAGGUAUCUGUGCCCAGCUGGCUGCCUGUACAGUAAGGGAAAGAUCUUUGGAACAUUCUAUUAUGAGAGUUCAUCGAGCAUAUGUCGUGCUGCCAUUCAUUACGGCAUCCUAGACAACAAGGGAGGCCUGGUUGAUAUCACGAGGAAGGGGAGGACGCCGGCAUUUGUGAAGUCCACCAGAAACGGCGUAGAAUCUUUUAGGAAAAAUAAGCCUUCAAAUGCCUUCAUGGUUUCCAAAGUCGCAACGCAGACGCUGGACUGUUAUACUACAGUAGCUGAACUGUGCCAGUUCAAAAAGCCGGCGACCCACUGCCCAAGGAUUUAUUGUCCAGCCCACUGUAAAGACGAGCCAUCAUACUGGGCACCGGUGUUUGGCACUAAUGUCUACGCAGAUAGCUCCAGUAUCUGCAAAACAGCAGUGCAUGCAGGAGUCAUUCCAGAUGAAGAAGGUGGUUUUGUGGAUGUGAUGCCUGUAGAAAAGAAGAAAAGUUAUGUUGGCUCCUUAAAGAAUGGGGUCCAAUCUGAGAGCCUGAAGAAUCCUUCGGAUGGAAAUGCUUUCCGAAUUUUUGCUGUGAAGCAGUAAAUUCCCAGGGAAGGUGCAAGUUUCUUUGGGAGAGCACUCCGCUGAUCUCGAGAGACAGGAAGGCUCCUCUGAUGGCAUCAGCUCUGAAAAUACCCUCCUUGCCGAUCUCUUUCAGGGAAUUAAACAAGGAAAAAGAAAAAAGAAAAAAAAAAAAGACAAUAGGUUCUGACUCAGCUGUUUGCAUCUCAUGGCACCAGUUCAGCGUUGUAUCUUUUUGUUUCGUGUUUUUGUUUUUCUAGGGGCAUUCAGCAAUAAUAGACUGUUGUAACUUUCAAUGUACAAGAGAGGUGUGCUACACAGAACCGAGGUGGCUCAACAUACAGCAGAGGCGACGGUCUUUGCCUGGCCCUUGGAUGGCAAUUUUGGGUUUGAAGCAUCUACUUGUCCAUGCCCAAUGCCGUGCACAGGCAAGCAGGCUCAGUAGUGAGCUACUGUCCAGGCAACAGGCCCUUUAAAACAGGAAAAAGUUUUAAAAUUUGCAUUUUUCAAUCUUUCGGGAAGAGCAUGGGCUUUGAGAGUGUUUUUGGUCAGUUUUGGUGUUUUAUGUGUAAAAGAACAGCAAAGUGAUUUUUUUUUUUUUUUCUCCUAACGAGGUGACGUGUAUGAACAACACUGAGUUAGGCUGCUGGAGCGUUGCAUUGAGCUAAGUAGCAUGACGGCAUGAUGUGUGGGGGAGAGGACCUUUCUGUCGGCCUGAUGUUGAGGUUUACUGGAGGAUGGAGUAGAGUAGGAGUUGACGGCAGAGACCCUCGCUGCAGAAGACAAGGCCACCGAAUAAUCCAAACAGCAGGUUUCAUGUUUGCUGGUCAAACAUUAGCAGGUACUUUUUAAGUCUGGUAAUCUAUGAGAAGUCAGUGAAUUGGGGCUCCUGUGCUGGCACAUCUCAUAUUAUAUUACAUGCCAUUUAAAAAAAAUAAAAUUUCAGUUAAAUGCAGUAUAUUGUUUUAUACAGCAGUGCUGGUUGUUUUAUCUGUAGUAGUCAAGCAGUGAUAAAGUUAAUCUUAUUUUUGUUAGGAAUGGUUGCAUCCAUAUGAAGCAUGUUCGCUUUACCUUGGUGAAGUUCUUCAUUGUGUGUGCAGUCCUGAGACGUUAAAUAUAGGAAAUGAAUUGGGCUCGAUGAAUUUCUUCCAUUUGAUCUGCGACACCUGCAGAACUUGCAGUGCGAAUGCUGUAUCCUGGAGCACUGGGCAUCCAGGGUGCUGUAUUUGCAAAAUGUAUAGGUGUAGUUAUGAUAUUGUUUAAUAUUUUAUUAUUUAUGUCUCAACAAGCAUCCAAAUGCAUUUCAAAGACUAAAAAAAUUAAAACUAGCCAAAAGAAUAGCCUAGCAUAAGCUGCUCUUUAAAGCAGAAGAGUAUUCCUUGCUUUCUAUUUGAAAUGAAUUUUUAGACUUGAUCUACGCAUGCAUCUUUCGAUGCACACACAUCCAGUAACUUCAUUAGUCAUGAGAAGCCAACAUAAACCUUAGUUCUUCAGUUCAUAUAAACCUAUAGUCCCUCUGCUCGAUAACUUGAUUAUAGUAUUGUAUAACAAAUGGGAAAAUGUUUCACUCUAUUUGGCAGAUGUCUCAUAGCUGCUCUUAUGCUCAGGCUGUAUUCAAUUUAAACUACGAAGAUAUAAAGCCAUGUCUUCAAGCUGUUUCAAAACAGAGACUAAAAAUGUUUAUAUGAUUAAACCCCUCUUUAAUUCUAUAAACACCAUGAAAUCAACAAGGAAAUUGCAUUUAUCGGUCAGUUUGCCUCACAGAUGAGCUUUCUUUCUCUGUGAAAUCUGAAUGUGGAAAGAAACCGUUUGUAAAACAUGAAGUUGGGACUGCUUUGCAUUGUCUCCGUUAAGUUCUGCAUAGCAAACCUUCCUUUGGAACAGAUAUAGAAGAAUGACUCAAUGUGUUGUCUUUGUUUAUAUAGUAUUGUCUUUCAAGGUGUACAGUAUUUGCUUUAGAUAGGAGAGAAUUAACUUUUUUUCUUAUUAGGUAAAUUGAUGUUAAAAACAGCUGGAAUAUAUCUUAGAAAAGCUGCUGGUUGGAAGGGUCUGAGAUCUUGGCAGUGAGAUGAGGCUUCCCUGUUUCUGCCCGUUGUGGAUAGUAAUGCUCUACAUGGUCCAGCGCAAGCCCAUUAAGUGCUGCAGCAUGAAUCCACGGCCCUUGUGGGCCAAAUGUUAACCACAGUACUAAGUUUUGACUCGGAAAGUGCAGUAGAUGCAAGCAGAUAUCCAGUGGAAUCCUUUCUACCGACUUCAGGGGGGAUUUGAAAAGCACAUAAACCACAUCAGAGCUAAAAUAGGAUGCCACCUGUAAUAUGCUGUCCAUGACAAUUAUUGAUAUAUUAUAAAAUGAUGGAAAGAGAUGCGAGAGGGGAGAAAGUUCUUAAGAGAAAUAUCUGGUGGAUCAGCGUAGAGCACAUAUAAAAAUCUAGCCAACGUGGGAUGUAUCUACCUGACAAAAAGGGGACGAAGGAAGAAUUAUUAUUCCAACAGAAAUAUCCUAAAAUGCCUAAUUGAAGUUACAAUUGCAUAUUUUUAUCUUCAGCCAACUGGUUUGGAUUUUUAGAAACCGAUGUUAUUUAAGUCUGUAUCUGUUUAUUUUUAUAUUUGUUGUACAAAAGAGAAAUUGUGACUUUACACAAAUGUUAUUCGAGGUCCUGGGUGCUAUUAAUUUAAACAUACCUCCACCAGCAUUAGGGGAGAUCAGGUCCUCCAAGGUGGUCAUGAUAUAUCACUUUCGAUCGUGUGCGCUAGCUGUUCAUAUAUAGGUGGGACAGUACCAGUUUUUAGACACGUAUUUUGUUUCUAUGAUACCAAAACUUUACUUAGCUUAAUAUAUUUCAGUACAGCUUAAGGACACAGAAUGUCCUUACCUUUAUAUCAACACAUACCUUCCUCCUCAGACCCUAGCUCAGCAGAUUAGGAAAGUGCGUGCCAACUUUAAGCGCCCAAGUAGUAGCCUUAGCGAAGCAUCUGGUUAAUCAUGGCAAGGCUGAUGCCACGUGGUCGUUCAUGCCCAGUCAACUUCUUCCCAAAACCAAGGCUCAACUCAGACGUUGUGUCGUGUCACUGCCAGCACACUGAAUCUGGCUCAGCAGAGCUGGAUUUCUGGAAAAAAUGCAAAAACCGAAGUGUGUUACUUCUCUGCCUCCUGGCCAGUGGGCGCAGUCACAGUCUGGUUAGCCCUCGCAAUUCAUCUGUUUUAAGAAGUCAGCAGUGGUUCGGCCAACAGCCGACUGAAGAUUCUCCAGUCGUGUACGUGGUUGGUUGUGCAGUCUAAAUAUUUAGGGCCAGUUCAUAGAGUUGCUUUUUUUCUAUGAAAAAUGAUGUAUUUUACUACUUUCUAUGUAUAAAAGUUUCUUGUAAAUUUUUGUGUGCCUUUGCAUGUUUUUCAAGGGGCAGUGUGUUUAUAAACUAUAAUUUUUUCUAAAUACAGAAUUGUAAAAUAUC